AUGAGCAGCAGUAUUGGAUAUAUUGGGUCCAAGAUUAGUCUCAUCUCUAGAUCUGAUAUCAGAUAUGUUGGUAUACUUCACAGCAUUAAUCAAGCUGAUUCAACUGUAGCACUUGAACAAGUUCGUUCUUAUGGAACUGAAGGACGUAGAGGAAAUCCACCAGAAGAAAUUCCUCCAUCUGACAAUGUUUUUGAAUAUAUAGUAUUUCGUGGUUCAGAUGUGAAGGAUUUACAUGUUUGUGAAGCUCCCACACAACAACAAUCAAUUCCUCAAGUUCCUAAUGAUCCUGCAAUUCUUGGGACUACUGCUCCACGCCAACCAAAUUUUCAAGGCUUUGCUCCUCCCCCACCUUUAGGUGUACAACCACCACCGAAUUUUCCUGGUACUCCUUUAAAUCCUUUUUAUCUUCAACAAAUAAACAGUAUUUCAGAAAACGCUAAUAAAGAGGCUGAACAACCAAAGAUACAACAACAGAAGGGUCAUACCAUAACCGAAAAAUCUGAAGACCAUAAAACCGACAGACAAACCUCAAUGCUUAAACAAUUCUCAAAAACCUCCACAAGUUCAAGAUCAUCUUCCUCUACAACUCCUUCUACUACUUCCAAUCACAGGAAUGAAUCUUCUACCACUCCUUCAGCCAAUCCUUCUCAUGUUUCUACCACUCAUUCUAUCAACACUACCAAUACUACUACAAAAGAAACUCCAUCAACUGCUGCUCUUGAAAUCUUGGCCAAGAAGGUUAUUUUUAACAAUAAUCGUUCGACCUCAAGUAACAAUAAACUUCCGGGUAUGGGCGGACAUCUUGUACAACAAAAUCGUAGAAGCCGUGGUAGUCGUCGAAGUUAUAAUCAAAGUUAUGAUAGAAAUAGGAUUCCAGUGCCACAAUCUGAUUUUGAUUUUGAAUCAUCUAAUGCUAAAUUUAACAAGGAAGAAAUUGUAAAAGAAAAAGAUUGGAACAACAAGGACCAGAUGGACGCUGAAAGAAGACAAAAACAAUCUGAGGAACGACGUUUAAAUCUUGAAACUUUUGGACAAGUAUCAAUUGAUGGAGGAAGAUAUCGUGGCAGUUAUCGUGGCCGUGGUUACAGAGGCGGAAGAGGUAGCAAUGGAAAUAAUAUUUCCGAGGAAAUAGCUUUAGGUAAUAAUAGUCAUGAAAGUCAUAGGAAUAAACGAUAA